CAGUUAUGGCGGCAGUUGAUGUGAAUGGUCUUGACGUACAGUUUCCCUUUCAACCGUAUAGUUGCCAACAGGAAUAUAUGGAAAAGGUUCUUCAGUGUCUACGCGAGAGAGAAAAUGGAAUUUUGGAAAGUCCUACUGGAACGGGAAAGACGCUUAGUUUGUUGUGCACAUCACUAGCUUGGCAACAGGACUUGAAAAGAACGAGAACGUUGGCUGGAGCUGCUGAUUUAUCUGAUGAAUUACUCACGCAGUCAUCAGGUCAUGGAGUGAGGAGAAAUGUGCCUGUGAUUAUAUAUUCAUCUAGAACACAUUCACAGUUAUCGCAAGUUAUACAAGAGUUGAAGAGCACUACUUAUAGACCUUGUGUGAGUAUCCUUGGGUCAAGAGAUCAACUCUGUAUUCAUUCCCAAGUAAUGAAGGCAUCUAGCAAUACUGAGAAGAUUUAUCAAUGUCGAAUGAAAAUGCAGUCACGGACAUGUCAGUUUUACAACAACAUGGAAAACAGAGGUAGGGCGAUGAUCAAGCAGCUGUCUGAACACGUUCUUGACAUAGAGGAUCUUGUUCUUGAAGGCUCUAGAAACUGUGUUUGCCCUUACUUUUUGGCUCGAGAAAUGAAUUCAGAGGCAGACGUAAUCUUUAUGCCAUACCAUUACAUCUUGGACAUCAAGACUAGAAGGACACAUGGCAUUGAACUAAAGAACAAUGUGGUCAUAUUUGAUGAAGCUCAUAAUAUUGAGGGAAUGUGUGAAGAUUCUGCAUCAGUUGAAUUGACAUCGUAUGACAUUAUGCAAUGCAUAGAGGAUGUGAAUAGAUGCAUUGACAUUCACCGCAACACAAAAGAUGACUUACCUAGCAAGAGUGGAGAUUUGGUUGUUGUUGGAAAUGACCUGAAAACAACUGGCAAUGAUCUAGAAAGAAUGUUUUGCGUUAAAAGCAUUCUGCUAGCAAUAGAGAAGCAUUUGGAUAGUAUCAGCAUUACAGCUACUGAUGGUAUCACAAAGCCAGGAAGUUUUAUGCAAGAGAUGCUAUUUGAGUGUCAAGUGAAGUCUGAUAAUUAUCUGCUAGUGCUGGAAGAGUGUGAUAAGAUGCUGCUACGAUUGACUUCAGAUGCAAGAGUCUCUAAUGGCAGCGUUGCUCUUCAGAAAUUUUCUGAUUUUUUAAGAACAGUGUUUUCUGCAAGUAGGGAGUCAUUUUCAUGUUACAAGGUACACAUCAGCUUGAGGAAUUUGGAUUGGACAAACAGGAAGAGAGUGAACGCAUGGACUGAAAAAGGAUUUGAAACAGUUCGUGUACUCAGUUACUGGUGUUUCAGUCCCGGCCAUGCAAUGGAAGAUCUUAAACGGCAAGGAGUUCAUUGUAUCAUCCUCACAAGUGGCACACUCUCUCCUCUUUCCUCAUUUUCUUCAGAACUUAAAAUUCCUUUUCCUAUUACAAUUGAGAAUCCACAUGUCAUUGAGAAACAUCAAUUGUUGUGUGGUACUUUGCCAAUUGGACCAGGCAAUGUCACACUCAACUCAUCAUAUCGUACAAGGUUUGAUCGAAGUUACGUGAACUCUUUAGGCGAUGCAGUUCUUGGGUUUAGUCAAAUUAUUCCUCAGGGGUUACUCGUCUUUUUUACAUCUUACAGUUUUAUGUACCAUUGUGUUAAGACAUGGCAGGAAACUUACAUAUGGACAAGGCUGAGUAGCAUAAAGCCGAUCUUCAUUGAACCAAAAGGAAAAGGUGAAUUUACUCAGACUAUGAAAGCAUAUUAUGAGAAAAUUUGUGAUCCUGAACAUAACGCUGCUGUUUUCUUCGCCAUUUGUCGGGGCAAAGUAGCGGAAGGGCUUGACUUUGCUGAUAUGAAUGGUCGUGCUGUCAUUAUCACUGGUUUGCCAUUUCCUCCAAGAGUGGAGCCAAAAGUGCAACUGAAAAUGCAAUAUCUGGAUGAGCAGGCUAAGGCUGAUGAAUCUAAGACCGACAAGACACGUGGAGAGAAAUUAAAUGGCAAUAUGUGGUAUCAGCAGCAAGCGUUUCGUGCUGUAAAUCAAGCUAUUGGUCGUGUUAUCCGUCACAAGAAUGACUUUGGUGCUAUUUUGUUAUGUGAUACAAGAUUUGCAUCACUAGAAGCAAUUGGGAGACUUCCAAAAUGGGUUCGUUCAGUUACUAAGGUGUACAGAAAGUAUGAGGAUCUGCAGCAGCAGUUAGUAGCAUUCUUCAAGCAUACAGAGAAAGUGAUGCUUCCACCGAAGAUGAAGGCUGUAAAACGAUCAACAUCUUCUAUGCCAUUUGCUGAAACGAACAGCGAGCUGAUAUCGCUAGAAGAUGGGCGUGCAUCAAAGUACAAGACAAGCAUCUUGUUUAGACCUUCCAGGAGCAAACAAGAAGCAAGCAAGAAGAAACCAUUACAGCAGGAUGGUUCGUUUCAUUUCAAGCCGGCACAAGAAGUAGAAGAACAUGUGCCAACUCGCUCUUGCGACUAUCGAGUCUAUUAUGAGAAGGUUCCAGCUUCAUCCUCUACAAACAGACGGAGAUUAAGAGUGGUUCGACUUCCGUCCCGGACAACUAAUGAUGCACAGCAGGACAUUAAGGAUGAUAACGUUCAAACACCAGGAAGAAGUAAAAGGGAUAAACAGAAAGUAGUCGAUGCUCAUGCCUACUUAGAACAAGUUAGAAGCGUACUCUGUUUGUCAUCUUUUCGUACUUUCAAAGCAUUGGUGGCAUCAUAUCAAAAAGAAGGCAACAUCGUUUCACUUGCUGAUGGUCUUCAGGAUGUGUUUCGUCAGCUGCCAGAACACAGACAACUUGUGCAUGGAAUUCGAAAGUUUCUCAGACCAAGUCACAAGCAAUUAUUUGGCAGUUUAAUAGGAGACGAAGAUGGUUUAGAAGCCAAGCUUUCGGCUGACGAUAUCUGCUCGCGUGCUCCUGUUGCUGGUGCAUCCGCUGCUGUUACUGAAGUCAUUGACACAGAAACUGGCGAACAUAACAUGAAUGGUGAUGGGCGAGGGACCAUAGCAGCAAGAGAUGGUGAAGUCGAGAUGUGUAAAUCGACAGAUUCAGCAGAGCCUGUUUGUAGCCUGUCUCCUGUGAUAUCUGUCGGUUCCAGCCAUUGCAGUGUUGCUCCUGCAAUUCCUGCACGCAUGCAAACACAGAGAGGCCGGUUUUGCAUGAUUUGUAAUGGAAAAUUACGUUCACCUUUUGAAAGUCCUUGUGGACAUCUUUGCUGCUUUGUUUGUUGGAAAAGUUCACUGAAAGUUGCAAAGAAAUGCCCAGUUUGUAAGGCACCAGUACGAUCUAGGCAACUCAAGAAGAAAUCUUUUUUUUAGCUGUCGUUUAAUGUAGUUUCAGGACUAUAUACUGUGUUCUCCCGCCUUAUUGAAGUAAUUGAUAUAAAGACCGAGAUUUAGACUUAUUAAUACGCUAACGAGUGCGCCUGUUGUAAUACUGCCUCAAACUAAAUAGAAGUGACUUACAGAAAAAUUAGGUUAGAACGCUAUUGUUAUGGAUGGGUAUGCAGUAAGUACACACGGUCAC